UGUUCAGGUUGGUUAUCGGAGCCACACGGAGGCGAGUGUGCCUUGAGAAAAGCGUCGAGCAUGGAUGUGGAAGUAAAGCUAGUGCGUUCCCCUAAAGAGCCGAACCGCGUUUAAUUGAUCAAGACAUUGUUUUUAAUUUUGAACAGAAAAAAAUCAUAACAGACUAUCAAACAUACCUGUGGAGGAGAAGGCGCGAGGACAUGCAUGUUCGAUAUUUCUGUCGAAACGGCUAACCUACACUGCACGCUUUACGAGUUAAGAUGCGAUGACUGCAGCUUCCUGUGAACCCGGGACGGGCCACUGCGGCGGGCAGCAUAUGAUCUGCGCUGACAUCAAGUCCUCCGCCGCACUCAUUAACGACCACCACCACCACCACCACCACCACUCUACGCAUCCGCAUCUAUGCUAGGCUAAGGGCUAUCUAGUUGGUCUGCCUAAUUGACUCCACUCCACUCCCCUCUGCCUUCCAUCACCCGGCGGCCGCCGUCAUCUCCGGUCGGGGGUCAAGAUGGCCCAGCUGGGCUUGCUGUGGGUCUCCCUCCUCCUCCUGCUGGAUGUCCGGAGGUGGUGCCACGCCAGCGCUGUUCCCCGAGUCUCCUUCCCCCUUGGUAACCCAGGUAGGAGGUUAACCCACUUCACCAGUCCCGAUGUCGGAAACACCACGACUCUGUUGCUGAGCGACGACGAAGACGUGCUGUUUGUGGGUGCACGUGAUGUCAUCUUCUCCUUGGACAUUAGCCAGCCCAGCACUAUGGAGCUGAAGAAUAAGCUGGACUGGUCACCAACGGAAAAAGACUUAAAUGACUGUGCCAUGAAAGGCAAGAAAAAGGCCGACUGUCCAAACUUCAUCCGAGUGCUUCAGGUCCUCAACUCCACCCACAUGUAUGCCUGCGGGACCUUCGCCUUCAGCCCUCGCUGCACCUACAUCAGCUCUGAGACAUUCUCCCUAGUUUUGGGCACCAGUGGUAAACCCGAGGAGGGUCGAGGUCGGUGCCCUUACGACCCCUACCAGAAAAACACGGCCAUUACUGUGGACGGAGAGCUCUACACGGGGACGGUAGCAGACUACAGAGGGAACCGUCCGGUCAUCUCCCGACAUCUGAGCGAGGGCAGCCAUGUUGACCUGAAACUGGACGACACGCUCGGCUGGCUGGAGGAUCCCACAUUCGUCAGCUCCAGUUAUAUUCCGAGUGAGGAGAAAGUAUAUUUCUUUUUCAGCGAGGUGGGACGAGAGUAUGACUUCAUUGACAAGCUCACUGUGUCCCGGGUCGCACAAGUUUGCACAAGUGAUGUGGGCGGCCAGCGAACGCUACAGAGGCGCUGGACCACCUUUGCCAAAGCCCAGCUGCUGUGCCAGACGCCCGGGGAGCUCCCUUACAACGUGCUGGAGGACAUGUUCACCCUCCAGCCACCGGAGGGCGCUCUGGAGGAGGAGACACUCUUCUACGGCAUCUUCAGCUCCCAGUGGUCUGUCAACUCCGGUCGCUCAGCUGUGUGUGUCUUCACCCUUGAAGACAUCAAAGAGGUGUUUGCUGGGAACUAUAAGGUCUUGAACCGCGACACCCUGCGGUGGAGUACACGGGUACAGGAGAAAGUGGCCAACCCCGGAUCGUGCGGACUCCACAAUGCCUCAGACAACACGUUGCGCUUCGUGAAGGAGAACUUCUUGACUGACAGGUGCGUGGGCCCGAGUGACCAGAGGAUCAGCCUGCUGUCUGCCCACCACCACUACAGCCACAUCGCCGUGCAGAGAGUGCACUGCGCCAAGGGGAGGAACUACACCGUCCUGUACCUGCUCACAGACGUGGGUUACCUGCACAAGACGGUUCUUCUGGACUCGGGAGCUCACAUCAUCGAGGAAGUGCAGGUGUUUGAGUAUCCCCAGGCCGUCAAGAACCUCCUGCUGUCUGUAUCCAAGGGUUCUGUGUUUGUGGGCUCCUCUGAGGGCGUGGUGGAGGUUCCGGUGGCCAACUGCUCAUUCUACUGGAGCUGUGAGGAGUGUGUGCUCGCACGAGACCCCUUCUGUGGCUGGGACCCCUCCCUCCGAAUCUGCACAGACAUUGCGAAAAUCCAAUCCAACCCAGGGCAGGAUGUGGAGAAGGGCAACGUGCGUGAAGAGUGUCGACGCUCCAGCUCUGCGCCUCUCAGACCCCCAACAGCCACUUGUCGUCCAGGUGAGUUGGUGUCGGUGUCCCUAAACGAGGUGGUGCGGCUGCAGUGCCCCGACGCGUCGCGGCUGGCCCGUCGCCACUGGGAGCGGCCCAACAGCCGCCUGUCGCCCGAGCUCUACCUGAUGCAGGAAGACGGCGGCAGCCUGCGUUUCCUGGCCACGCCCAUCACACUGGGACACUACCUGUGCGUGGCGGUGGAGAACGGCUACCAGCAGGUGCUGGCCGUCUACCAGGUGAAGCAGAAGAGCAAUGCGGGGGGACUGACCACCAGCCAGCCUGCCGAUGGAGGUGCUGGUAGUAGCAGCAGCAGCAGCACGCCCGUACGCACCACACCGCCCCGCCGGCCCACAUCAUCACCAGGAAGAGGCGGCCGCGGCGGUAGAGGACCAUCCCACACAUCCACCUGGGGCCCACGGAGGACGGUGGGGCAAGGAGGCAACAGAGGUCGCGAGGCAGUGCCGACACCGACAGCUUUCAUACCGACACUUUUCAAGAGCGGCAUGAACUUCACAUUCUGGCUCCCCGGGCUGUCCGCCGAGACGGCGACGACGAAAGCACGUGGCGUCGGCAGUUCGGCUCCUGGCAGGGGAGACGCUCGAGCAGGAGCAGCAGGCGUCGGGGGCGGGGAGCACCAGCUGCAGACCAACGCGCGAUGCUACCUGCAAGAGCUGGUGGUGGUGUCAGUGUUCCUGGUGCUGUGCCUGAGCGUGCUCCUCACCCUGGCUCUGUACGGCUUUAGGCAACGCUGCCGUAGCCGCACCGCCCCCCAGGCAGCCUGCACGGCGCGAGCACGAGACCCCGCCGAGAGGGGCGGUGGCAGCCCGGCCUCCGUAGUGGGGGGUACGGGUACGGGCACGUCCACCCCGCAGGAGAGGGAGGCUCUCAGGGCGUCGCCGGGGAAAGCCAAGCGCCACGGGAAGGCGCACAGUAAUGGGAAGGGGGCGGUGACCCUGUGUAACGGAGUGGGGAGCGGCUCCAAUGGCCAUCUGCCCAACACGCCCAUAUAGAUCCGGUCGGCAAUUCUGGGCCGCCGCCCGCCCAUGAAAUUGCUUUUUUUCCCCCACGUUGGCUAAUCAAUAUGUCGAAUGACUGGCAGCGAUUGGACCGCACAAGCAUUCGGAGGGGAAAACGAUGCAGUUUAAUGGGCGGGCCAGAGGAGCCGACUGGGUGAAUGAUGAGGGCCAGUGCCACAAGCUGUUGCCAUCAACUUUGUCAUUCCCACAAGACAACCCCCUGUAAACGCGCAUACACACACACACACACACAUACACACACACUCACCAUCAUAAUCAUCCUGUGUCAGACUUCAGACAUGUGCGCACACAUGCACAAAUACACACUUUUUCUAAACAUAAACCCCCGCUGCAACAAACAACCAAGAUGGUGUGGUGCAGGGGUAAAACAUUUUUUUAUUUCACAGAGUGACUCUAAAAAGUGACUGGACCCUGCACCAUGUCUUCCCAAUGCUGAUUUCUAAAUCUAUCUCUUUCUACAACCAACGGGGGGAGUGGUGGACGACUGAAGGAAAUCGUGAAGGAUGUUAUUGUUUUGUUUUGCUUUGAAUACCUGUGUACAUUCUGUGCGCGUACAUAUUUAAACGUAAGUUAAGUGUUUGAUGAAAGAAGAGGAGUUUAAGAGAUGAAUGUAUAUGUGAUUGGCAGCAGGUAGGCAGUGUGUGCUGUGCUCUACUGUGUGUCUGCAUUACUCAGAUACAGAGGUGUCCCUGUACGGUACUAGCCUGGUCUUGCCACCUGUAAACUUCCGGUCGAUUUACAUUUCCUUUACACUUUACAUCUGGGUUGGGUCUUCUGGUCUUACUGGGGAGGGAUGGGGAGGGGGGAAGAGAGACAAACAUGGGACAACCAGACGGUGUGUGUGUAGCUUUGGCGCCCCCUGGUGGUGCAGAGCUGUGUGUAGCUCUGCUCCACCAGGGGGCGUCGAAGCUACACACUGACUGUCUUUUGAGAACCAGGCUAGAUUACAGUAUGUGAAGACCAAAUGUUAGCGAUUGGACAAAAGACACAAUUUCCAAUCUUCAAUGGAGUACAACCCUCCCAUCACUCAUUGUUUUUCAAUAGGCCUUUUUCACGGGACAUCAGGCAUUGACUUACCGGAAGUUGUAUAUACCGUACCUGCUCUGCAUCAAAAUGGACCUUGUCUUGCGUCCCUGUGAAAAAAGCUAAUUUGGUUGCUCCAGACCUGCAAUACAAUUAAAAUUGGUGCAAGCAGGGGCGUAGUGGGCGUGGUACGUGGGGAUGCGCAGUAUUUAAAAAUUAAAAAAUUCUGCCCAUGUUUCAAUACAAAAAUGGGGUUGACAUGAUAAGUUACCCAAUUAAUUGAUGACGUCCCAAAUCGCGUACUCCCACUUUAAAAAUCCCCACUACACCACUGGGUACAAGGGUAUGGUAAGACCAGCCAGGGUCUCUCUUUUAAAGGUGCACUGUGUAUAUUUUUUCGUAGUUCAUUUCCACAAUUCAUGCUGCCCAGUCACAAAUGUUACCUUUUACACAAACACUUACCCCCACCAUCAAAUUCUAAGUAGUGCUAGUCAUUAUGACUGGGAAAAUUGGAUCGUCUCCGUCCUCUGUUUUGAAUUUCUAGAAAUAUCCAUUUUUAGCUGCAAAGAUUACUGUACUUUGGUCAUACUAGGUUAUUACUCCGUAAAUAGUUGUGUAAGCAGCACAGUUUCAAUAAGCAGCAUAGGUGCAAUACCUACUCUGGCCACAAUCUUACACAGUGCACCUUUAAAAAGUUGAAUUAAACGUUGGUAAAGAAAGCAUACCCAACAUGCAUACUGGUACUGUGCUACCAUAAUCAUCAUUCCUAUGCCAAGAGAAUCGAUUCUUGUAUUGAAAUAUUGAAAUAGAAAGAGAGCUGUUGGACAAUACUGUGUACAUGAAACCACUUGCCCUUCGUCAAACUAAACUGCACUUUGAGUCAUAACAUUUCAAUGGCACAACCAUUUCCUUCUACAGGUAUUUCCUGAGGCAUCAUAGAAAGGGGAGUCUUUCCUCUUAAACUGUCAUCAGUUAAACAAACAGCCACAGUGUGACCACUUUUCAAAUUAAUGAAUUUAUUUUCGAUUAUUUAAAGUCUUUCAUCUCUGUUGCCAAUGUUAAUUCUCUGCAAUGUAUUCAACUGCACUGUUUCAUUCUUCUUUUUUACCUAUCCAUUGAUCUGGUUUACCCUUAAAGGUCAUGAGAAUCCAUGGAGUGUGUUUCAAUAUGUGACCUUGCGUCCUCCACUUGUGCUUGAAGCCUUGUACCAGGAAGUAAUAUGUCAUGAUGACAUCACUGACAACAACAUUCUAUUUCAAUAUCUCGCAAAAGCUCAAUUGUAAAGUCAUUUUUUCAUUUGCAAACCGGAUGGUAAAUGAAGAAUUAUUUCCCAAAAAAAUGUUUUGGCUAGGCUGACAGUGGGGAAACUUCAUUGUUUUCUCCACAGAGGCAGGGCAUCAGCAAAAUGUGAGGCCACAAGCCCAAGUGGAGGACGGAAGGUCGCAUAUUAGAAUGCACCCUAUAUCUUACUGGCCUCUGUAUUGGUACAUGGGGAGGUGUUUACCACUGUAGAAGCUAUGCCACUGAUGGCCAAUCUGGAUUCAUUACUCUACCAAUGCCGCAUAUUUCAGAUCACCUGGUUUGUCCGGUCCUAUCAACCAGGUGAUUGCGUGGUUGAAUGAUCGUCUGUUUGAAUUGGACAGGUAAAACCAGGUGGGAUGUGUGGCACUGGAUUUUAUCUUAUGGGUCCAGGCUGCCUGUCACUGAACUAUGCUAUCAACUUUUUAAAAUUCUCUUAUCGCGCUGCUCUGAAAUCGGUACUACAUUUUAAGGAGAGGGUAGCGAUGUCCAGUAGAAUCAUUGAUGAAUGAUGAAUUUGGUCUGGUGUAUUCUACUCUUGACAAUGUUUUGAAAUCAAGGUAUAGACUGGAAAGAAAAUCUGUGAAUAUGAAACUUCACCUGUAAGAUGUGAGAUUGCCAAAGAGGAAUGCUUAGACUGUUGCAAACUGCACAUUGUGUACUUUUUGGUUCAAUGAAUAACGUCUGGAUGCCAAAUGCAUCUGAACAAGUGGGGUACAGAUCAAAUUCUACGGACCACUGAUGUGUCUAAAGAUUUAUUUUGUCUUUAUUUUUAUACAGUGUUUAUCUGUGUUUAAUUAAUAAAAAAAAAUGCUGUCCUUCACCUUUUACAACCCACACCAUUCUGAAGUGUCAUGCCUUUGUUUUCCAGCAGAUGGCAGACUCAUCAAGGAGUUGUACCCUACACUGAGAACUACUGCAUGCAUUAACUUGUUAUGUGUAUGGUUCAUUCCAAUAAUGUUUAUUGUGCCGGUGAUGUGGAAAGUAGACGAACUUUGGUGCUCUUGAGUAUUAGUCAAUAGCGCUGAUUGUGGUCGACGUUAGCUUUAAGACGGUGUGCACAUGACAUGCCGUGGGCUACCACUUGAACCUGUGCCCUUGAGGUGCUGCGCGCAUUCAGAGAUGUA